AUGGCGUUGAAGUAUUUGGCAAUCUUCAUUAUUAUUCCAAUAGUGUACGCAAGAAUAGAUAUUAAAAUUAAGGCAUCGGACGACCCAACAAAACAGUAUGUGAGGGUCUCUGGAAGUGAUAGGAACAUCAUCAGCGAUACGGAGCGGCAUACCUUCCAGCUGGGAGACAACAAUUUGAAGAACGCAGUCAACACCCAUUUCGGCAAGCGCCCUGAUGACGCCUUCCUCAGGAGCCCAACACCCUGGGGCGACCUUUAUCAGACAUAUGGCUGGAACCAGGUCAACUGCAUCCUAACUCCUAGUAGCGCAAGAAUCCUUGGAGUUAGCUCAACCCCUACUAUGGUUUUCACACAAAUCUUCCACAACAACAGCUCGCUGUCGUCUACAUUCAACGCGCAAAUUCAACAACAAAUUCAGAGCACAGUGACUUCUACUUGGGAGAAAGAAGGCGCGUUUACUGUAGGCCAGGAAAUCAAUUAUGGUUACGAUAUCGAAGUAUUCGCUGUCACGGGCACGACAUCCUACUCUUACACAGCGAAGUGGGGCGAAAGUGUGACAAAGACGGAAUCAGUUACUGUAGGAUCCCAAUCAGGUGUCGAAAUGCCGCUGCAGCCUGGACAGAGCGUGGUAGCAGAGUUGUUUGCAACACGAGGGACCAUGAAGAUCCAAGUCGACUACCAGGCCAGACUGUCAGGCAGUGUCGCUGUGAACUACUCGAAGAAACACAACGGUCAUCACUUUUGGCGCCUGGACGUCAACAGCGUGAUGCGAUCUGCCAAUAUGAAGACCUCGAUAACGUCCAAGGAAAUUAUAGAAGUAGGUUUCUAUUCAGACUCCAAAGUUGUAGUAAGAGAUUACGACACACAUGCUGUACUGUACGUUAUACCGAUGCAAAUUUUCUAA